UCACAAACGAGCUUCGAUAUCCUUGAGCUCGGAAACCAUCGAGUUCAAUAAUUUACCAUUAAACACAACAGCAACCCAAGAAUUACUAAUUUUCAACAACUCUGAUCAACUGGUGCCACUGAACAUUUCCCUCGACGAACCCGAUUCGUUGCCGGAAUUACAAAUCGAGCCAAUGAAAGCGUUGAUUUUCCAAAAAAAUGGCAUCGUUGUCAAGUUUAGCCUCAAGUCCCGACAGGUGGUUAAUUACAACGUACCGAUCAACCUCAAGUUUCAGUACGAGUAUUCCAAGCAGAUUAUUUUAACCGGCAACGUUGUUUAUCCUGAAGUUAGUUUUAAGCCUGAACUGAUCAAAAUCCCAAAAAUUCCUUCGGGUUCCAAAGUUCAUACGCCGUUUAGGGUGAGCAACCAGGCAGACGUUGACACUGAAGUGACGUUUUCAAUGGAAGAAUAUCCAGAAUUUGCUAUUAAAACUAAACAAGGUUUAAAUAUUACGUCAGAGGUGCUUAAUCUUGCCCCAAAGGAGCGCAAAGAGUUACUCUUAGAGUUCAAACCGCGUGAACCAGUUGCCUAUUGUCUAUACUUACCUUAUAUCCUUAAUGGAAUCUUAGGACCGCCAGAGCUUAAUUGUCCAGAAACAUUACAUAGCAGCUACUAUUUGAAACAAGACAAAAAUCGAUAUAAAACAUCACAAGAGGAAAUUGAUUCACAAAAGUUACCAUUUUUAAAGAUUUUGUGUGCUGCCAGAAAAGAGUUGCUGAAAUUUAAAUCACUAGUGCUAAAUUUUAACAGUUUUGGUAAAAAGAAACAUCUGUUUCAGUUUACUAAUGUUAGUGGGAGCUGUCAAGAAAUAUCAAUGAAAAUUUCUUCAAUUAAAUCCUUCACCAUUUGCCCUUGCUCCAUCGAGCAAAACUUUUGCUCGGAAAACGACACAGUUACAAUAAUUGUAGACCCAGAAGUGACAGUUAAACUACCAAUAGAAUUCAGCUCGGAGAUUCAAGCAGGCGAAUUUUCGGAAAUCGUUCCGAUUUUCGUCAAAAGCUACUCGGAAACGGACUCGUUCAACUAUUUAAAACUGGUCGGUCAUAAUCCGGAGCCUCGGAUUUCGAGCAACGUUAAGUCGUUGUAUUUUACGCCUGCGCCCGCUGGUGUUAAACAAUCGAAACGGAUCGUUUUAGAGUUGAUUGCGCAUCAGUGCAGCAAAACAUUAGAAGUGACUUAUAAGAGUUUGGAAAUAAUUAUUACGUUUGUUGUAAAGGAGGAUAUUGAUGACAUUAGAAGUACUGUAGAGUAUUUGGUGACUUUUGCUGCGUCGAAAGAUUGUUCCAUCGAAACCAAAGUGAUGUUCUCAUGUCCGUGCUUCCACAACAUCACAAUAGAAAUCUUUGCGUGCAGCAACACAUCUACAGUAAUCAAUUUCAUGGCCGAACCAUCUAUAGUCCAAGACUCUACGUAUCCACUAUUUCCGGCUAUAGAUGACAAGUCAUCUUACGCUGAUCUACUGCGUACUAUUUCCUCAAUAACCGAAAGAUGGCUCUACACUCAGGGCUACUUUUACCAAACCUACUACAGAGUGCCCGACGAUAUUGCCAGAUUUCCUGUCGACAUGGUGGUUCCCGGCGACAGACGAAACUUUGCCAGGAAAAAAAAGCAGCAACUAUUGCCCUUGAUUCAACUUCUGGUCAACCUAAUGGACUCUUCCAUUAUGACGUAUAUAGACGAUGGGCAAAUUAUCAAAGAAGUCGGCGACAAUCGCAGCUUCGCCAGCUACAUUAUUUACAAAAACACGAUUUCGUUUUUGAAAAGUCAAGACAUUUUCGUGCCCGGCCUUAGACCAGAACACCUACUUUUAUACAGCGAAUAUUUAGAAGUUUGCGAGCUGACAAAAAACAGCGAGACGCGGAGAGUGCAAGAGGGCUUCGAUGCGAGCACUUUUUAUCGUUUUAGCAAACAAAAAUGGCUGGAUUUGUUUUUUCACAUUUAUAAGGUUUUGGUGUUGCAACGUAUUAUCGAUUCGAAAUCGUUACCUCAAAAUAACACCGAUAGCGAGUUUAUUAGACAAGAUCGAGCAGAAUUCGAAAAUUAUUUGGACAAAAAUCGCAGCAGGUUUCCGAAUUGGCACCUGUGCGACGCCCAGUUGCUGUUGUGGCUCGAGUACCACUACAACAGGCAGAGAACUUUGCUGUGGCCCGAUCAAAAGUUUGACGGAGUCGUUCGUUUGGACGAUUUUUCUGACGUUGAUGACGGGGUGGCACUAGCAACAGUACUGGCUGCCUACUGUCCUUACUUGGCGGAUCAGCUGAAAGACAUUUAUAGUUCGCCGAAAAAUGUAGAGCAGCGUGUGCAUAAUGCGUGCAGGGUGGUGCAAUCUUGGAAAAGCUUGAAGCUGAGUUUUGAUUGUCAUCCUCAGACCAUCGUGACGGCUAAUAAAAUCAAAAUUAUUUUUAUCGUUACCUAUUUAUACGAGGUGUUGCCACAUUUCUAUCCGGUCAACGAAGUGAUCAUCGAAGCUCCACUAUCCGAAUCGGCCUCGUACAGUUUGGACAUUCAAAACUUCGGCAACGUCCCGAUCAAGUACGCGGCGACAUUUUUCGGCGAAAAGUCCGACCUGUUCCAGCUGGACUCGCACCUGCUGGAAAUUGCCGGCGGAAAAUCGCGAGCCUUGAAGUUAACUUACAUGGCCAAACGAGUACUGCACGUUUCGGCGAUUUUGGUACUUUCGGGCGAAGUCGGCGGUCAGCGGUAUGCCAAAAGCAUGGCGGUUACCAUUACCGGAGUACCGUUGACCAGUUCCUCGGACGAAAUCAAGCUGGUUGUGGAAACGUAUAAGUUAACCAACAAACGGAUUCCGAUUAAAUCACCUUAUGGUCAAUGUUACAAGGCGAGAAUAUUUUUUUGUUUUGAUGAGGCAAAAUCGUUUAAAGAUCUUCAUUGCGGGGCUGCAUUGAAGAGGAAUCACGUGCCUCGCGAAGUGGACAUUGCAAGUGACAAUUGCGAAUUUUUGGAGAAAGGCGAAACAAUUAUAACUUUGUCAACUUGUUUCUUGCACAUCGGCACUUCGCAGUUUUAUUUGUACUUUUGCAACGAUCAAGUGGGCGAUUUCUGCGUUUUGAUCAGAACGAUAUCGGCGCUGAGCAAAAACCGAUAUGUACCGAUUGAAGUAGACGAGCCGCCAACGAAUGCGAAGUGCACGUGUAAACGGGGCAUUAGUCCACGUUGUCCGAAAACGUUGGCGGUCAAUUUGCCUUCGAGAAACCAUCUUUUGUCAAGCAGCGUUGAUGCUAUGAUAAGCAAAUGUUUGGCUGAAAGUACCUUUGGAUUUGUUGAGAGAUUUUGCGGUACUCCGAUAAUAUUCCGUUUACUCAAGUACUAUCUGGACCGUUUCCCGCAAGGCUUCCUGUUGCCUUCGGCCAUUUUUAAUGACCAAAACGAAUUUAACGUGAAUUCGACUAGCAAAAAUAUUACUUUGGGUCAAAAAACAAUAAAAAUCAAUGACGUCACUUCAGAGGAAACGAUACCGCUGGUGCUGCAUUUGGAUCAAAACUCUAAAGGUCGGAAUGUUUCUUUAGAACUUGUCAGUACCAAUGGGAUGGAGGUCAGGUACUAUCAACUGGUGUUUCCCAAAGAGGAGGAAGAAGAGCCAAAUGAACUAUUGUUAUAAGGCCCUCUAGCGUUAGUUAAUUAAAAUAUCAUUAAUAUUGCAUUGUGGGUGAAAUGGUUUUUUCUUUACUGGGGUUUUAUUAAGAUGAAUCAACCCUCGGAGCGGUAAUAAUUAAUAAUUGACGUUGAAAUGUUUGCUUUAAUUUCGGGUAACUCAAACAGAUUUUUUGAAUAGGGGAAUAAAUAAUAAUCCAAGGCUCAAUCCACAAUGAAUUUUAAAAAUUG